AUGAAAGUGCCCGCAGUUGUUUCCGAUGAGGAGAGUAGCGUUGCUGCUAGUGCUGAAUCCGUCGGCUUUAACCGGCAGCAGUACCACCCGGAGGCUAAUGAGCCGAGUCUUAGUAGUAACCGUGCGAGUAAACGUACGAUUUCGUCGUCCUCCUCCUCGUCUUCGGCGGCCUCCGACUCCUACUGUGUUUCGUUGGCUGUAGGACCGCUGUGGUGGUCCGAUGUCCCAACAAUCAGGACCGAUCACGAUAGGGCAUCUCCCUUGAAAGAAUACAAUCGCAAGGAUUCUUUCGAUUCGACAACGACCACCGCUUCUUCUGAGUACAAUGAUCUGGAUUUCCCCGAAUCGACCGUCGACUACAUGAACCAACAGGAAGCUGCCGUCGUUCAGGAGCUCCUUAGUCAAACGGUCCCGACCGGCAUCACACUGAAGCUUUUCGUAACACCGCAGAAAUGCAGCAGCUGGGAAACGAUAUUCAACCCGAACGAGAACAUCCUGUACGUUUCGCUGCCAUCGGCCAUGUCGCACGAAGCCUCGAAACACUCGUUCAUUUCGCUGCUGGAGUUCGCCGAGGAGAAGCUUGAGUGCGAUGCCGUCGUUCUGUGCAUCCGCAAAGAUCGGCUCGACCGCCCGAACCUGGUACGGACUUUCUCCUUCGUCGGUUUCCAACCGCUCAAUCCGAAAUCGCCGCUUGCUCCACCGCACAUCGAAGAGCAGCAACGGAACGAGUAUCUCUUCAUGAUAUACAACAUCGAGGAGUAAGCGACGAUGGGGUAGUGCCGGAACAAUGCAUGGGAACUAGGUUUGUGGGCGAAAAGUUCUCAUGCACACGAUCCAAAAUACCAUCUAAAACAGGAUCGUCUCUCAGAAGCAAGUCGUUUGUGGGUGCGAUCGUAUCAAAAUUAAGUUCAAACCCUAGAGAGAGCUGCACGGCAACACCGUCAGAAGUGUGCAAAAAGAUCUGGCGUAGCAUCUCCUCAGGGACCAUGUGAAUCACAAUUACAUCUCUCUCUCUCUCUCCGAAUGGUUCACCGAUAAGGACGAAACCGGUUCGCCGAGCUUCGAUUGGUGGCAGAGAUCGUUGCAUCCCAAAUCGGCGUGAUCGGCGUUCGUCCGUUUUGAUACGAUCGUAUGGCAAAGCGAGUAAUAAGUAGCAUACAUGCAAAUGGAAAAAGUAAACGACAACCGCAAAGAGCAUCAUCAUACAUCUUCAAUAUGCCACGCCACUCUAUCAUCAACGUUUUGCUGAGCAUGGUUUGGUCAGUGAGAACGUCCAUCGCACCAACCACCAACCAAUCAGCCGUAGGCAUACUCGUAACGUCUAAGAAAGAUAACAUCUCCCUUUUCGAAGAGUACAAUACCAUUCUUAAACACACACGCCGUACAUAUUUUAAGAGCGUAUAUAAUGCAUUAUUGAGCAAAUGGUAAACAGUGGAAAACACAUGCGCGCAUCAUCAGCAUCAUCCGAUUCGGUAUCACGAUCUUACCAGUCGAAAUACUUGCGAUUUGUAAUUGUUUAAGAGAUAUGCUACUAUAAUAGCGGUAAAUAUUCUAAAAAAGAAAAAAAUCACAAAAAAAAUUAUAAAACUUAAAAAUCUCUACAAAAAGAAACAAAAUCCUAUGUUCAAUUCUUAUUUUUAUGCUUGAAUGCAACAAAAUCUAACUUUUAAAAUGAAAUCAUCCAAGAAGUAAACUAGACAUAAAAAGAAGAGCCAUUGAACACACUACCACCAACGAGAAGACAGCAGAAAACGACUGCACGAGUUGUAUAAGAGACAAAAUCGACCAUGAGGGGUAAAAAAGAAAGAUAGUAAAUCAGAAAACACCAGGCCCUGUAAGAAGACGUUCAUAAACACACGAUGGCAUGUCCCGAGUUAGAAAGAGAGAGAGAAGACUUCUACUGCGAGGAUGUGUUUCAGGUUGCCAACAAUAAUGAGCAGGAUGAUGAUAAAACAACGAUUAACAGAACAAGAAUGUAAGCUCUACGGUGUUGUAGCCAAAUUAAGAAACUACAAGCUUCGCACUCUUGUAGAAGUCGAGAGCAGACUAGCCUCUCCCGUUCACCAAUUACCCCGUUUGUGUUUUCUGUUGUUUCGAUUUUGCAUUACUGUGCUUCUGUUUUUCUUCGUUUUCAUAGGCUCAGCCACAAGUCAGUACUUAUAAAGCAGUUUCGCAAGAAAAUGUGUACACCGAUUAGCGACAACAUAAUCAACCCUUCCUGGCACAGUUCUAAACAUUUAUUAGUUUUAAGGUUUAUCCUAGUUUGUCUACCCUAAUAAUGGCAAUUAAUAAUAAUAAUUUCAUAUACUUGUUUACUUUGCGAUUCGAUUAGAUAUUCACACACCGAAGAUGGUAUUGUAAUGCUUUAGUUCGUAGCCAAACCAACAAGCAACAAGCUUAACGAAUGCAGAUCAAAAUCAGAACGCGCGUUCGUUGCAAUGCAAUAGAAGUUUUGCUUUUCCGGAACGGUACUCUAGAGGUAGAGCGAGAUCUACGUGAUCGUGCGUGGCACUUGUGAUUUAGACACACCGCGAGAGUGUUGCUCGUUAAAAGUGAGCCGAAGCGUCAGCACGACGCGCCACGGGAUCGUUCAUGGAAUGUGAAAGGUUUGCGAAGUAACGCGACGCGAUAAAGGAAAGGGAAUGUAUGUCGAGGCAACUACAACGAGGGAGAAAGUAACCAGGAAUCAAAAGCAGAAGUCUUGUGCGUUUUGUGUUGAGGCUGAAAAGAACGAAUGAGACAAACCCGUUACUGUUCUCGUUGUUUACUUUCUCCCAACUUUAUAUGUUGUUAAAGGGCUAAGUUGAGGGUGUACCGUAUGUAAACUCGAUAAUAUUCUUACUGUUUUUAUCUACUAAUUCAGAACACAUAACUAAGAGCUUUUAAAAAUACACACAUCUAUCUUUUAUAUUGUAA